AUUGACAAUUGUUGUCAAAACAUUUACAACUUAUCUAUUUAUUUAUGAAAUACCGACAACAAUUUCUAUUGUAUUUAUUAUUUGUUUGAAUUUAAUAGCGUCUUUGCAUGAAGUAAAAUAUGGAUACAAGAGAAAUCCCGAAAAAUACGGAUAUAGCCACUCUUUGUCGGGCUUGUUUGGCUUCAGAAGAUGUAAAGGAAGAAUUAAAGUCUUCUUUAUAUGAUAUAUACAAACAAUUAACUGAAUUAAAGUUUGAAAAAGAAGAUAAGUUCCCCCAGUUUGUCUGUCUGCAAUGUUCGAACAAACUCCAAGACAUCUCUAGCUUUAUACAGACCUGUAGAAGUAGUGUACAAUAUUUAGAAAAAUGGUUAACAACUAAAGAACAAGAAAGUGAUGAUGAUUACUUUCCUGAUGAUAAUAAAUAUGAUGAUAGUGAGGAUGACGACAAUGAAGAUGAUGAAUUUCAACCAACAAAAUCGAGGAAAUCAAUAAAAAAUGGCAAUUCAAGUAAAUCGAGAGUAGAAAAUUGUAGCUGUGAAACAUGCGGUAAAAAAUUUUCAAGGUAUGGGGCACUGGGGAGGCACAUGAAAAUACAUCUGGGAAUCAAGCCCUACGAGUGCAAAGGAUGUGAUAAGAAGUUUACCCAGAAAUCAACACUCGAUAGGCAUAUGUUAACACACACAGGUGAAAAACCCUUCCAGUGCAAUCUAUGUGGUAAAUUAUUUGUCAGAAAGAAUCAAAUAGUUCAACACAUCAAAAAAGUCCAUCCGAAAGUAACAACAAAAGAGCAUUCUUCUAUAAUAACUGAGCGGGAUAAAAUGAUCUAUUUCGACGAUAAUCAAACGGCAGCUGAGUCUGUAGUGGUAACACCGGUAGUACCAGGUGUCAAAGAUGAGCUUGAAGUUACAAUUGAAGAAAAUGAGCCAAAGAAGGAAGUGGCAGUGUCUGCGGAGCCACAGGAAGAGGUGACAAUAGAUGUUCCUAAAGUCAAGAAGAAAAGGAUGGAACUCUGUUUAUGCAAUUUGUGCGGUAAAGAGUUUAAGAGAAGAGAAUAUUUAAGAAACCAUAUGGCAAUCCAUGAUAACAUAAAACCGUACACAUGUCAAAUUUGUGGAUCAGGAUUUACACAAAGACAAGCUUUAAGCAGACACAAACUAGUUCAUACAAAGGAAAGACCAUACCAAUGUAAUCUUUGUGGCAAAACGUUUACCCGAAAAGAAAAACUAACGGAUCAUAUUCGAUGUCAUGAAGAAGGUGUUGAUCCGCAUCUGUGUUUCCAUUGCGGACGAAGAUUCAAAGACAGGGAGUACCUAAGAAAACACUUACGUUACUACCUGAUGGGAGACAAAGGACGGUGGAAGAAGGAAGCCAAAAAAUGCCUUUGUCCAGAAUGCGGUAAAGAGGUUCAUUCGGAAGCAUACCUCAAGGUUCAUCUUUUGAGCCAUACUGGAGAGAAACCAUUUAGCUGCAAUUUAUGUGAUAAAAAAUUCACUGUUAACGCCACGUUGCAACAUCAUCUAAACAUACACAAGGGUGUCAAGCCAUUCGAAUGCACACAAUGUACUAAAGCCUUCAGAACAAACCAUUCGUUGAAGAUCCACGAGAUGAUGCACGCCGGGGAACGACCGUAUAAAUGCAGCACCUGUGACAAAGGAUUCGUGAGAAGGAGCCAUUUAAAGAGGCAUAUAAGACUUCAUUGAACGAUGCCUGCGAUGGCAUCCGAAUUGUACAGAUAAAUAAAUUGAUGUAGUUGCGAGAUAGUAACUUAAGAAAGUUCUUGAUAGAUUCGACACACUUACAAUGCAAUAAUACAUGUAACAAAUAUUUCGUUGUUGAGGUAUAGUCAAUUUUGUUGUAGUUUCUACAACGAUAAAUAAUUAGAAGCCCUUUAAACCGAAGCAAUUUCAGCAACAAAUUUAUUUUAAGCAUUUUUAUGCUGGGAAUAAUCGAAUCGCUCGUUUAAAAACAUUAAAACUUUAAACCACUACAAAUUUUCACCGUUCCUUGUCCAUGGGCUAACAUACACACAUCCUUUUUACCAAGUGAUAUCUUUACGGGUUCGAAAAAUUCUGUAUAAGAUGAGAAAUAUUGCUUAUCUGUAGUGAUAUGAUUUGUGGCUCCACUGUCACAAUACCAUUUCCAGCUUCAAUACAAUUAUUGUUAGAUGAGGCACUUAGAACAACAGACAAAAAAGCAGUAUCAUUACUUUUAUUCUCAUCUAAAUUCUCAGCAGAUUUUUUUAAUGGGCACUCUCUCGCCCAAUGGCCCAAUUUCUUGCAUUUAUGACAUGGAAAUUUUUCUUUUGCACGAUGUACAUUUUUCUUUGAUUUCGUAGUAGUAGUACUUUGGCUCUGUUUGCUUUUUUCGGUCGGGAUAUUGCGUGCAACAAACGCAAAAGAUUCUAUGGCACUUUGGUCACGUAAUUCAAUGGCACACAAUUUCUUAAUCAAUAAAUUCAAAGUUUCAUUCUUUUUGAUGAUAUCGUGUCCCACAAAUCUUUGAAAUUAUUAAAGUCCUUACCCAAAGUUGAUAAGAUCUGACCAUUUAACAUUCUUUCGGAUAAAACAUUUUCAUCAUGCUUUUGCAAUUCAUCAUUCAAAUCUACAAACAGUUUCUGUAACUUCGCAACAUGUGUACUAAUAUCUUCUUUUUCAUCACGCUGGACUCUAAAAAAGGCUUCAAUUAACAUGUUUAACCGUUGCGUACUGCUACGUUGAAAUCGCGCACGUAAUUUGUCCCAUAUUUCACUAGCGUGAGUACACGUCAACAGGAGCUCGGCAACAGUUCUUCCUGGCGUACCUGCUAACAAACUUGCCGCUUUUGCAUCGUCUUUUAACCAUUGUUGAUGCUUCUCUACUCCCAAUGAAGUUGAAUUUUUACUAACCUCUGGACACUUACACAUACCGUUCACAAUUUCUUCAAGUGCAUACGCUCGUAUCUUUUUGAUGAUAUCGUGUCCCACAAAUCUUUGAAAUUAUUAAAGUCCUUACCCAAAGUUGAUAAGAUCCGACCAUUUAACAUUCUUUCGGAUAAAACAUUUUCAUCAUGCUUUUGCAAUUCAUCAUUCAAAUCUACAAACAGUUUCUGUAACUUCGCAACAUGUGUACUAAUAUCUUCUUUUUCAUCACGCUGGACUCUAAAAAAGGCUUCAAUUAACAUGUUUAACCGUUGCGUACUGCUACGUUGAAAUCGCGCACGUAAUUUGUCCCAUAUUUCACUAGCGUGAGUACACGUCAACAGGAGCUCGGCAACAGUUCUUCCUGGCGUACCUGCUAACAAACUUGCCGCUUUUGCAUCGUCUUUUAACCAUUGUUGAUGCUUCUCUACUCCCAAUGAAGUUGAAUUUUUACUAACCUCGGGACACUUACACAUACCGUUCACAAUUUCUUCAAGUGCAUACGCUCGUAAUAAUAUCGAAACGUGCCAUUUCCAUCUUGCCCAGCCUGGUCGCCAUAUUUUUUCACCUGUUCACAGUUCACACGUGAUCUGGGCCCAUAACCUGUUAUAAAAUUAAGUUAGAUGAAUUAACUAAAUGACCCACAACAACAAUUUAUAAUUCACUCAAUUACAGGACAACAGAAAACAUUUUACUUGAACAUAACUGACCUUUUAUUUUCAUGGCAUUACAUUUUAUUUAAACUAUCUAUUCUGCCAUUAUAUAAAUAACAACUAUAAGUAACAUCUACUUUUAACGUUGUAUAUUCUAACAACAUCCAUUAUAAUUUCAAGUGAGUAUCGAUAACCAUUAAAGUAAACUGUGAACGUGAAGCAUACUAAUGCCCUCGGGCGAUGCUGGGAAUUUAUUGAACUAAAAAAUCAGCAGUUUACCCGUCUGAAUCGCCAUCAUUUUGUACUCUGCAGCCGAGUAUAGCGUGAAACCAAAUAAAAAUAGACGCUUUCGUUUUGGUUCAAUUCGAGUCUCUUGCCAUCCCCUGCCACGUGUUUCUAGGUUUACCCGUUAUCAAGGAGACUUUGCAAAAGACUGAAUUGAACCAAAACGCACCGACUCAUUGAUAAAUAUAUUUAAAUAUACUUACCAACGUAUGCCUUUAGCGACCUCUAACGAGGUAAGAUGAAAUAAGUGUCGAUAACGAUUAAAUCACGAUAUCACAGUUUACUUUAAUCGUUAUCGAUACUCACUUCAUCUUACCUCGUUAGAGGUCGCUAAAGGCAUACGUUGGUCGUUGGUAGUAUAUUUAAAUAUAUUUACCAACGAGUCGGUGCGUUUUGGUUCAAUUCAAUCUUCUUGCAAAGCCUCUUUGAUAACGAGUAAACCUAGAAACACGUGUCAGGGGAUGGCAAGAGACUCGAAUUGAACCAAAACGAAACCGUCUAUUUAUAUUUCAUUUAUAUUUUCAUCGUUUUUAUUGCAUCUAUUAAUUUAUACUCAUUUAUCUCAUCAAGGAUCUCACCUUUAUCUAUCGAAUGUAGCCAUAGUGGGUAUUUCAAUUAAGAUUUAUUAGUAACUCGUAAUAGAUCACAACUUAAUUCGCAACAUUGGACUUUCGAGCCGGAUUUGAGCGUAUUUUUUUAUAAGUCGUAAGUUUUAAUGAUUGUUUUUUCUUCGUUAUUUAUCGGUUUUCUAUACAGGGUGUCCCCGAAAAUAGUGCGUUCUUUAAAGGUAUAUGUAGAAGGCACAAUUUAGAGCACAAAAGUAUUAUAACAUUUUUUUCUAAAUUGAUCCGUUUGACCAAAAGACGAAAAUACAUUUUGAUAUGCAAAUUGAACUCUGGCAACAACGCGCAACUCAAAAAUCUAAAGAUUAAAAAAGUAGGUUUAAAGAUCAGUUGCAUCUGGUAGGUAAAAUAAUGUAAAUAUCAACCAAACCCAUAUCCAUUAGUUUGCAGGUAGGUACCUACGAUGUCAGCAACCCCAAAAAUCACACCGCAAAGUAAAUAAACAAGGGGUUAUUAGGUUAAAUUUCCACAGUCACAGCAAUUUCUUCUAGGCUACGUUGCCAUGUCAUUCAAAUUUAUGAAAAUAAAAAUUCACCUAUGGGGAGAACAAUGUAAUUUUUUCUUGGAAACGCUUAACUUUAGAAAAAAAUGUUAUAGGACUUUUUUGUUCUAAAUUGUGUAUUACAGUGCGGUAGAAUAAGUGUUGCCCCCCCUGUUAACCUGUUUAUUUUAAGAAUAUAAGCAAAACGCUCGGACAGGUCGAUUUUUAAACUAACCAUAGUAUAGUAUAGCAUCAACGUUUCGAACUUUACGCGAUCCCUCUUCAGGUGACAGCCAUAACUUUGAUUUUUUUAAAUGGGAAAGUACAUCAUGUGACACCUCAUUUAAAAGCUUUUAAAAUACUGAUUUCAAAAAUGUAUGAUACUUUAAUCCUGUUUGAGAGCGUAGGCGCAAAAUUUCGGUCGAAUUCUUUCUAAUUGCAAUCAUUUUUUUCGAAUCCUGAAAAAACUAAUAAAUAUUUUUGAAAAAUUUAAACGCAGAAUGAAAUAUUACAGUAUUCUCGAUGGUCCAAAGUCCCUGAGAACUCCUAUAAUGUUUAUUUUAAUAAGUCACAGUGGUGAAAAAAAGAGAAAAUUUAGUGUGAUUUUUAACUUCAAAUAUAUCAUUCAAAGAAACUUUUUGUUUAUUCUAAGGGACUGUCAGCCCUCGGUAAUAAUAUAAUCUUUCAUUCUGCGUUUAAAUUUUUCAAAAAUACUUAUUAGUUUUCUCAGAAUUCGAAAAAAAUAAAUGCGUUUAAAACGUGUUCGACCGAAAUUUUGCGCCUACGAUCUUAAAAAGGAUUAAAGUAUUAUACAUUUUUGAAAUCAGUAUUUCAAAAGCUGUUAAAUGAGGUGUCACAUGAUGUACUUUACCAUUUAAAAAAAAAUCAAAGUUAUGGCUGUCACCUGAAGAGGGAUCGCGUAAAGUUCGAAACGUUGAUGCUAUAAUAUACUGUGGUUAGUUUAAAAAUCGACCUCUCCGAGCGUUUUGCUUAUAUUCUUAAAAUAAACAAGUUAACAGGGGGGGGGGGCAACACUUAUUCCACCGCACUGUAUAUCCAUACCUUAAAGGAACGCACUAUUUUCGGGGACACCCUGUAUUUUAUAGAGGUUUUUCGUGGAAAAAAGUGUAUUUCGUAAAAAAAAUACUUACGUCGUUUUUCAAAUGAGCGAUUAGAUUAUAUUUUUCGGUUUUCAAAAGCGUAACAAAAAUUAUUUAAUAUGAAGAGAUGCUAGAUCUUGCUGUGCAUUAAAAUAUGACGAUUCUUUUGUAAAAUGCGUCUUGUGGUAAUAGAUAAAUUUAUUACUUGAACAAUAAAACUUUAUUGGUAUGGUC